AGCACAACACAACAGUCUCUGAGUCUGAGACUGAGUCUCAAUAAACAUAACCAUCAACUAGCCCUGCUUCAUUAUUUCAUUACAUUACUUCUCUGCUCAAAAACAAGCUAACACUCACCGACACCGCUUGCUUCUUUUCUCUUCUUCUUUGGAGAAAAGCUCUAGGCUCCAAAGCAAAAGGGAAAAAGAGAAGUGUUAUUAUUUUAAACAAAAGAAAAGUGCUUGCUUGGUUUGUUUUGUUUUGUUUGUUGGUUUCAAUUACUUCAAAGUUGAGAAAUAGUGUUACAUUAUCUUAGUGAGAGAGGUUUUCAGAGAGCGAGAAAAAAAUGGGUUGCUUCAUGAGAGUGUGGUGUCUCUUGUUAGUGGUGCAGAUUCUUGUGACAUGUUCAAUUGGUGAAGAUCCUUAUAGGUUCUACACUUGGAAUGUUACCUAUGGAGAUAUUUAUCCUCUUGGUGUUAAACAACAGGGGAUAUUGAUAAAUGGGCAGUUCCCAGGGCCGCAGAUUGAAUCUGUCACUAAUGAUAAUUUGAUCAUCAAUGUCUACAAUAGCUUAGAUGAACCUUUCCUUAUCUCUUGGAAUGGAGUGCAGCAGAGAAGGAAUUCAUGGCAGGAUGGAGUGUAUGGUACCAAUUGUCCAAUCCCACCAGGUAGCAACUUUACUUAUGUUCUUCAAGUAAAGGAUCAGAUUGGCAGCUACUUCUACUUCCCCUCCCUCGCAUUCCACAAGGCGGCCGGCGGCUACGGCGGCUUCAAAAUUAACAGUCGCUCUGUCAUUCCGGUACCAUUUGAUCCUCCAGCCGGGGAUUUCACCGUAUUGGCAGGAGACUGGUACAAGAGAAAUCACACUGAUUUGAGAGCAAUUUUAGACGGCGGAAGCGACCUUCCUUUCCCUGACGGUCUUAUCAUCAAUGGUCGCGGUUCCAAUGGAUACACCUUUACAGUUGAUCAAGGAAAAACUUACAGAUUCAGGAUAUCAAACGUGGGGAUUGGGACUUCCAUCAAUUUCAGAAUCCAAGGGCAUAAGAUGCUGCUAGUUGAGGUGGAAGGCAUUCACACUCUUCAGAACACGUAUGACUCGCUUGACAUCCAUUUGGGGCAGAGUAUGUCGGUGUUGGUAACUGCCGAUCAACCACCUCAAGACUACUACAUCGUUGUCACCUCUCGAUUCACCUCUCAAGUCUUGAACGCUACCUCCAUUUUCCGAUACAGCAACUCGGCCGGAACUGUUGCCGGUCCUGCCACUAUUGGACUAACAACUCAAAUUGAUUGGUCCCUGGAACAAGCUCGCUCUCUGAGGCGAAAUCUGACAGCAAGUGGACCAAGGCCUAAUCCACAAGGAUCUUAUCAUUAUGGUAUGAUAAACACAACCCGCACAAUUAGGCUUCAAAAUUCUGCACCAGUUAUCAAUGGGAAGCAGAGAUAUGCUGUGAACAGUGUUUCGUUCAUCCCCGCCGAUACGCCACUGAAGCUGGCGGAUUACUUCAAGAUCUCGGGGGUGUUCAGCCUCGGAAGCAUCCCGGAUAAUCCCACAGGCGGCGGGGGUUACCUCCAGACCUCUGUCAUGGCUGCUGAUUUUCGCGGCUAUGUGGAGGUUGUGUUUGAGAAUCCUGAAGACAAUGUGCAAUCUUGGCAUAUUGAUGGCCACAACUUCUUUGUUGUAGGAAUGGAUGGAGGUCAGUGGUCAGCUGCAAGCAGAUUAAAUUACAAUUUGAGGGACACAAUUUCUAGAUGCACAGUUCAGGUGUAUCCCAAAUCAUGGAGUGCAGUAUACAUACCUUUGGACAACGUAGGAAUGUGGAAUGUGAGGUCAGAGAAUUGGGCUCGUCAAUAUUUGGGGCAGCAAUUUUACCUUCGUGUGUAUUCUCCUGCAAAUUCAUGGAGGGAUGAGUACCCUAUACCAAGUAAUGCUUUGCUCUGUGGCCGGGCUAUAGGCCAUAGCCACCCUUAAUAAUAUCUAAGAUCAUAGUCAACAACAAAUUAUUCAUUUCCAUUCAAGGCUUAGCUCAAGCCUUAUUUCUUUGGUACCAUCUUAUAUCUAUGUUGCUAUGCUAUGAUUGCUCUCUCUUACUCAUUGUAAAAUCUGCGGCAGCCAGGACAUUAGUAUUUGUUGAAUUAUAUAUAAUCAAUGGAUGUUUUUAUAUACUUCUUUGAUAAA